AUGUGUUGUCUUCCCGCAAAAGCCCCACUAAAUCAACGACUCUCUAAAUGGGAAGCUAAGAACAGCACCCAGGGUGUUUAUCGUAAAAUUCAAAAACAGGAAUCUGCGCAUCAUGACUACUCUACCGACGAUGGCGAUAUUCUUUCAACGCUCAGCAAUAUGGGCAUCGUGAAGUUCAGAGUCGCUGAACGCAUACUUCGUUUGCACCGCUCGGAGCUCCUUGCCGCUGGCUAUCCUCCUGCACAAGCCGCUCAGGUGGUGAGGGCCAGUUCCAAAUGGAAGGCGGAUUAUCUGGCUGAGAUGAGUGCCAGCGAAGUUGCCAUAUUGACCGACCCUGCAAAUCUUGGAAAACUAUUCUAUGUCGCUGCUAUGACCGACCUGUCCAGGACUAAUCAGGUGACAUACUUAAGACUGGGAAGUAUGUCUCUAAAAGUGGCUUUCGAGUUAGGUAUUGGGGAUGCCGCCAUAGAAUUCGCAAAACUCGAGCUCAGAACUCGUGGCGUGGCCGAGAUGGGAGACCCAGAUGCACUGUCUAAGCCUGUCGACCUGCCUCCCAAUAUUCUGGAUUACAUUAGACGUACUGCCAUCGCUAGAGAGAAUUGGCGCUCCAUGUCUCUAUACCUGGAUCACUCCCUAAGGAAGCCACAGUCAUCUACGGCUGCCAAAGCUCUAUAUCAGCUUGCGGUCGACCUUUCGACCAUGACCAGACCCAGUUUUAAUACCAUCGAUCAGGUCAUCCCUUCAGAACGACUUGAGUUGCCCUGGUUUCUGCUUCAGAGAGCUGCAGACCAAUACUAUGCUCACUUACCUUCUGACAGCGAUGAUGCAGCAGAAGUUCAGCGAACUUAUGCGGAGGCUUUGAACACCGGCAGAGAUGGUUGGAACGAUAGUCGAGCUGCCGAGCUUCUUCUUCGAAAUACCGAAGAGGUUAAGCCUGGCUCCCCAAGAUGGGUUGAGUUGCUGACGCAGGCUGCAAUGCAAGGUGAUCCAGACUUUUGCUUUAGAUUAGGUGAUCAUCGCCUCAAAGAGGAAGGUUGGCACCCAGAAUCUAGAAAAUGGCGCAAGCCGAGUGACAAGACGAGUCUCUGGUGGAUUGAGUUGAGUGCAUAUGGCAUGCGACAUUUCCCAAUUAGGGCGAGACAGCGCUACCUCCUUCUCGCGGUCCUCCUCCGGGAAAAUGGCUUCAGAGAAGAUGCAACAUCGUAUCUCGUUCGAGGACAGGCAGCAUUGCGAGAAAGCCACUCGCCAGAUGCUGAAGUAUCAAUACAAUGGCUGCAAGAUACCAUUGAUGACUGGGAUAAUCCUGAAUGGAAGAUGACUUCUACAAUCCUCCUCAAUGCCGAACCCCUAUACAAGCAGCAACGCCAGGAGACAGCUCAACACAAAGCCCACCAAGGCCUCCGAUGA